CAAUUAACUUUAUGUGCGUGAAUGUAUGCAACUAAGAUCGCCAUCCACCUGAUGUCCAUGCAUGACAUCACCACCCAGCGCCAAGCGCUUCCGUCUAGAUUAGGAAUGAGGUCGAGGGCAUAUUGCCAAAUUACCGAGCAUCCCUCCUCCACGUGCGCUCCACGGCUCAUUUCAUAUUGGACGUUAAAUACUCUACAUUACGUAGACGACACCGCCAAACGCUACCGGGCUGUGUUAGGUUAGCUACAUCUAUAUGUGUCUAGUUCAGAUUUGGUCAGAGACCGAGCACGAGAGAUGUGCGUGAUGGGGCGGGCCCAAGUGACGUAGACCAGCAAACUGGCCAAUCGUGGUCCAUGUUGUUCAGACCUAUAUUAUAGGGUAAAUACUACGGCCGUUCCCCCUUCUGUCCGACUCUGUAGCUGUGAACGCCGAGAAUAAUCUGAAAGCAGAGCACGACCUGGGAUAAAUAACGGUUGAUUAGCACCACGGGAUUUGAGACAUCAACUUUAGUUUACGGCGUUCUCUUAUUCCAGACUAAAUACCAGUUUUUGGGCCAAACUCUUUCCCGCUGGGAGUUGGCUGGGGGGAGAGAGGGACUGGGUGAGCGUUAGUGGUUCGGCUGAACGGUACCGCACCGCAUCUACAACCCGCAUCAGCGGCUGACCGGGAUCAAGAACCAUCGACGUUUGCCGGUUGCGUCUUGAAGGGUGACCGCUGCUCCUUCGCCCUUCUCCCCCGACACCCGUACCCCGCCGGGAAGAGCUGGUGCGGAGAAUGCGAGAGAAUGAGCCAAAAGGAUACAUUGGUUCAUUUAUUUGCAGGAGGGUGUGGGGGCACGGUAGGGGCCAUCUUGACGUGUCCUCUGGAGGUGGUGAAGACGCGGCUGCAGUCCUCCUCCGUCACCUUCUACGUCUCCCAGGUGACGCUCAGCUCCGUUAACGGGGCCAGCCUGGCCCGCCUGGCCCCGCCCGGACCGCUGCACUGCCUCAGGUUGAUCUUGGAGAGGGAGGGGCCUCGCUCGCUCUUCAGAGGACUAGGACCCAAUCUGGUGGGUGUGGCGCCAUCCAGAGCCAUCUACUUCGCUGCCUACUCCUCCACCAAGGAGCAGCUGAACACUCUGCUGGAACCAGACUCCACCCAGGUGCACAUGCUGUCUGCUGGCCUGGCAGGGUUCACAGCGAUCACAGCCACCAAUCCCAUCUGGCUGAUCAAGACCCGCCUACAGCUGGAUGCCAGGCACAGGGACGAGCGGCGUCUGAACACCCUGGAGUGUGUGCGGCGUGUGUACCGCUCGGACGGUGUGCGGGGGUUCUACCGGGGCAUGUCUGCGUCGUACGCCGGCAUCUCGGAGACGGUGGUGCACUUUGUGAUCUACGAGGGGAUCAAGCAGCACCUGAAGGAGCGCCGGGUGCAGGGCGGGGCGCUGGACGACGAGGAGGAGGCCGUGAAGGACGCCUCUGACUUCCUGGGGAUGAUGCUGGCCGCUGCCACAUCCAAGACCUGCGCCACCUCUAUCGCCUACCCCCACGAGGUGAUCCGGACCCGUCUGCGUGAAGAAGGCAGCCGGUACCGCUCGUUCUUCCAGACGCUGAUGGCUGUGCCCAGGGAGGAGGGCUACCGGGCCCUGUACCGGGGCCUUACCACACACCUGGUCCGCCAGAUCCCCAACACCGCCAUCAUGAUGGCCACCUACGAACUGGUCGUCUACCUACUCCACCACUAGACACACACUUCCUGUCUGGAGAGGAAGCAGGAAGUGGCUAAAUGACUUCCCGAGCAGGGGGACAUCCAAGAUUGAGACCAAAGGAAAGUGUAGAGGACCAUGAUGAGGAGUAACCCAGACAUACCUCUUACCCCCCCCCCCCAACCUGAUCUGCCUGAUAAGGACCCCUACUGGGGGCUACAGCCUGGAGAGAAGGACUAGAAGAGGGUGAGAAGGAGGGAGGGUCAGUCUUCUAAAGAACCAUCCAACUGGAACAGAAAACAGCAGUGGCCUUAAAUGACUUGUUGGUUCCUCUCUGUCUGUGGGGGGGAUAGAUGGAGAGGAAGAGAUAUGGAGGGGAUUUUUCUCUCCAUCUCUCUAGGAGAUGGAUGGGAGACAGUGAGAGACAGAGAGAACAGUGUGCCCCCCCGUCCACUAGGGGGCAGCAUCACUAUAGCCUCAUUUAGGACAAUGGCAGAAGGACGUAUUAAAUGAUGAUGGUUGUUAUUGAGACAGACAGUCUCUCUUUCUGUCUGUCUGCCUGUCUUUUAUUUCAGUGUUUUUGGAAAGUUCUGGUUUGUGUUGUCUGACAUCUGGUGGUGAGGGUGGAGUACUGCACGGUGACUGUGGUUUUUAUGGCAACCGUUGCUCGUGAAACCAACACUACAACUACUUGAAGGUGACCUGUUGAAGCCACGGAGCCUGUCUCCACAGUGUGUGUGUGUGCCUGUGUGCAUGCGUGCUCCAGUGUUCCUCUAACCACUAACCCUUUAGAGAUUCUCUCACGUCCUCCUGCCCCAGGGGCUUCCUGUGUGGCUGUCUUGGGCUUGUGCUUAGCAUAUAUAUAUUGUUCUGUGGACAUUUUUAUUCUUGUAUAUUAAAGAGUAUUACUGUAAAUGCAAAACGAUAUUUUGCUCAAAUGCAGAUAUUGUACAGUUCAAAGAGUUCUAAUUGUGUUUAAGAAAUGCAGUUGUGUAUAAAACUUGUGUAGGGUGUAUUUUUUGUGAUGUAAUGUUUUGGAUUUUUUUUUCAUUUGACAUCAGUGUUGGUUGUGGUGCUUUAAAAAAAGACUUCAAUCAAACAUUUAAAUCCUUUCACGUUUGUAUGUCAUUGACAUCUAAGAAGUUUAGUUGAUUUUACUGUCUACAUCCGGUGUCCUAAAAUCUCAUUCUGUCACAUUAUUUAACCAUAUCUUGUCAUCUAAUUUUGUCAGAUUGACCAAGUUAGCCCAAUACUCGUUUUGCUACAGUUGGAAAAUCUGACAUGUAGGACAAAUAGACAGAACACCGAUUCCCGGCUAUGUUCUGAGUGAGCGGAAUCCGAGGCCGUUGGUCGCGCUGACCUGGUCCAUCAACACUAAACCGCGGGACCCGCGACCCACCCCUCGCGGUAUUGGCCUACUAGUCCUCAGCAUUUCACAUACCGUCGCUGGAUAACGCUAGUUAAUCCAUCUCAAUUUGCUCACUUGCCACAGUCCUGUGAAAUAGGACGCCCCAUAGCUUUAAUGAAAAUAAACGGCUGGCUACAUGCAGCUCUGCUGUAGUUAGCUGGUAACAUGUGCUCUAGCUAGCUGUACUGUUGUUAGCUAGCUUGCCGUAGCGACAGAAGGCUACAAUUUCGCCAACACGCCACAAAGAGCUGGGACUGGGAGUUGAGAAGUAUAGCUUCGUUCCCGGCCGCUGCAGAUGUUCAUAUCCAACAUCCCCAGACCUAACUUGGCCGUUUCAGGUUGCUGCCUGACCUCACAGGCGGGAAACCUGAAACGGCAGCGGUUAACAUUUCCUGUCCGGUAUACCGUAAACGAUCUCCGAUCGUUCUGGAAUUCAAAACUGCUUGGAUUAGAAAAGACUGGGAAGCUUCCCGGUGUCGUGUUUAACAUGUAUAUUGACCCCACUUUGUAGUUCGCUGGUAUCUGGACUGGGAGAAAAUCCACACUGCCAAAAACGGAAUGUUUACAGACCCUGGACAACUGAUGAACACUGAUGUAGUCUAAUUAAUUGCAUUUGGGGCUUUAACGUGAUAGAUCUACAAUUGUACAAUUUGAACAAUAGACACAAAUAUAUCCGUGAUUUGGAGGAACACAUGAGCCUUUAAGUCUAAAAUAACCCUAUUUGUUUUUGGUCUGUUUGAUGUGAGACAUAUGACUACAAACUGUGUUUAUUGUGAGCAAUCUUUUUUGUCGUUCUUUGUAUUUUGUACAAAAGUCAAUAAAACUUUUAACAAGUAA